UGUGUUAAGGCACUAUCCCAGACCUUACUUCGAAGGAGUGUGUGAAACUGGGUCGUCUGUACCAAGGCUGAGGUUUGACCCUGAUCAACUCCCGACCGAGAACACGUUAGGUGGGUUGUCUGAGAUAACCUGUUCGGCGGAGGGGAGGGGUUCGAAGCGAGAAGGGCUUUGUGACAGCUUCUGAACGUGUCUCAUUGUAUUUUGAAGCAUUGUUAUGAGUUACGUCGCUCGGUGUGUUUGUUCUAGCGUUUUAGCUCGUUUCAAUUGCACUGCAUUACAGCUUCUGCUGGUUUCACAAGGGAAAUUGUUUGUGAAGGACGUGAAGGUUUCAAGUGGUUGUCUAGAGCAGUUGGACAGAAUGGAACAGGUGUACCACUAUCAACCCACCCUUCUACCCACUCGAUCUUCCUCGUGUCAAGUAGCUUACGAUCUGUUGCGUUGGUAAACUUUGAGUUUAAUGGUACGAUUGUAUAUUGAAUCAGUUGACUGUCGUUCACUAUGAUGUAAUGUUGUGCCGCGAAUUUGACGAGUUGGUAAUAACGCUGUGCUUGAAACUGACUUUGAUUAUCUCGAAAAUACUUGCAAUGUGACUCGACUUGUAUACAGAUCAUCUCAGUAGCUUUUACAACACGAAGAGAAGUAACCAAACACCAGUUUCACCUGUGGAUAGUUUAUUUGUUACUGUGAUCAUGGUUAUGAAAUACUUAAACACCAUUAGGAUGAAACAUAUUUCAACGGAAUUUGCUACGAAAUCAAGUGUUAUUUUCACGGAUGAAACAGAUGAUAGAAACCAGCAAGUGUUAUUGUAUAGGUUGAAUUAGUGUACUUAUAUAAUUAAUAUUCUGAGGUACGAUAAAGGAUAACAACUCUUGUGUGACUUGCAUUUGAAAACAAAAUGCCGUACUUGGACGAAUGCAUGAACUUUGAUUAAGAAUUAUUAUGAACUGUAAAGAUGAAAAAUAAUGCUUCGUCUUACACCAAGGUUAUUUAUUAAAUAACAAGACUUCUUUCGAAGAAGCAGUAGUAGAGAAAGUGAUAUACUUUUAUGCUAAAAAGCGUUUAGUAGAUGAAUUUUAUCAUCAUGCAGUUUAGUGAUUGGAAUCCAUGAUCGAACAUUGAAGCCGGUUUUAUGAGUUCGAGUUAUGAAGAUGGAACAGAAGUCCACGUGGUUGACACCCCCACCUCUUCAUAACAGUAGCUGCUCUCACCCGCGCUACCUGUCGGCAAGUCACGUCAACACCAUCACCGUGUGGGAUAUGACCCAAGCACUUUUCAUCCUGCUCCUGUCUGCAGGAAUUUUGGGCGCAAAUCUCCUACUGGUCCUCGUUAUCAACAGCCGUAGAUACUCGAAGUACAUUCAUUCGCAGCCCCGGUACUUGCUUACGUCACUAGCCAGCAACGACCUCGCGAUUGGUCUGUUUGUGACGCCAUUUGGGUUCUUGCCGGCUCUCUAUCACUGUUGGCCUUACGGCGAGAUUUUCUGCCAGAUUCAGUCCUUGCUGCGAGGAGCCCUCAGUCAGCAGAGCGCAGUUAUUUUGAUCUGCAUGGCGGUAGAUCGGUACAUGUGCAUGCUGCAUCCUGUCCGCUACCACAAACGUUCCAGCAAAAAGGGCUGCGUCGCAGCGAUAAGCCUGACGUGGGUGACGUCCGUGACGCUGUUCGCUGUGAUGGUGCUGCCGCGUGGUGGCUAUUACUUCAACCCGACGGGCCUGCUGGCUUGCGAUCCGUUCUUCUCGAGACCGAGCCUUCGCAUUUUGUCGUCCUGUCUCUUCUACUUUCCCACCACGAUGAUUCUCAUGUACUGCUACGGCUCUGCUUUCCACGUGAACAAACUACGUCUCAAACGGGUCGUCUGCUCCGCCAUCGCGACGCCAGAUGACGUCAGUGCAGCCAACAUGGAGAAGCUGGUUGCUCAGGAGAGGCGACUAAGCACAAACGCCUCAAGGACGAUGGCGGCGAUGUCUCUGGGCUUUAUUGUCAUGGUCACACCGUGGACUAUCCAGGAAGUCGUGGCAGCCUGUACAGGAACCAAGGUACCCCAGUUCAUGGACUUUUUGAUCACGUGGCUGGCCCUUAGUAACAGCUUCUGGAACCCCUUCUUGUAUUGGCUGCUAAACAAUCACUUCCGCAGGGUCACCAAGGAAUUACUGCUGUCCAAGGUGCUGUGUCGGCGUCAGGAGACGCCGAACGCGAAGGCCCACUGCUGUGUCGCGAACAGCAGUGACGCCACUCAGCCCGCAGCAAACCCGUUGCCUUCCGGCUCCAAGAGCGACCUAGAGGGACUCAGCGAGAAAUACUGGGGCGAGAUCCUGGAGCGCACUGUCUCCUCCAAUAGCCUUCAGAGGUUACAGAGGAUCUACGGCCAUAACCACCCUCUACCGCCACUGCCACCGCCGACCAGGCCAAAUGGAAACGUACUUAGUGAUCUGCGGCUGUUUGAGACAGGCCAAAUGGAGAUCUGAAAUACAGCAUUAUGCUGUGGGAUUUAGUGUGUGAUUUUAGUGAUUAAUUCCAAUAUAUUUUAAAUUCUUCGUUUAGAAAGUGUAAAAUGAAGUGAUAACUUAUUCUAGGUGUUGAGACAUUCGGAUCUCUCUGGCAAUGGAAGCGACCAGACUCGAAAUUAAAAUGUCAAAUGAUGUGAGCAGUGUUUGUGUUAUUCCAUAAUAAUUGCUCUUUAUAAUGCGAAAGAUCUUUUACGUGAAUGGAAAUCCUUGCAAAGGCUUUGCAUACAACCAUAAAAUAAGUGGAAGCUUGUGUGUUGAGACGUCUAUAGAGUUUUGUAUUAUAGUCUUGUAGCAUGUAAAUUUUCAUUUUGUGAAAGAGAUUUUUCGUUUAUAAAAAGUUAAAAUUCCACAUAUGUUACUUCAAUAAUGCAGACUCAUAAGUCUUUGACAAGCUUAUUCGGAUUUCAGUUUCUUAAGGCGGUAAAGAUGUCAAGCGUGUACAUGGUUACUAACGAUUCGAGGUGUUUUAUCUCGCCGAAACGUUUGUAACAACAUAGAAAGAGCGUCACACCCCAGAAAACCGCGCUCAACAAGCUUACUCCUUUUUGAUAUAGAAGUCCUUCGACUUCUAUAUUAUUCUGUAUAGUGAUAUCAGUUCACACUUUAAAGAUCGAGAAACCUCCGAACGGGGGAGGUCAU